AUGCCUUCCAUUAUAAAAAAAAUCAAAGAACUACUAAAAAGGCAAAAUGUCAGCGCCACGAUUAGUUCCGACGGAAAACUUGACUUCAAAGAUAAAAUCAACCUCCCAGGAAAAACUACUUUAGAGGCCGAUUCUAAUGGUAAAGUUAGUUUAACGGAAAAUGUCAAUAUUGGAGGAGCAAAUGAAAAUUCUAACAAUAGUAUUAUAUUUUUAUCCAAAGACGACGAUUAA